GACGAAACGCGUCGUCGUCGGGAAAUAUCGCGCCAACUCUCAGCAGCCAGUCGGGGUGAAAAUUCAGGGGUGGAAACUGCGCUCUGGACCAGUUUGAGAUCCGCGAGAAAAUUUCGAUUUCGCGACGCAAAAACUUUCAAUAUAACUAACCAAUCUCAAAGUUUAAUUAGUUUAGUAAUAAAAAACCUUUGUGAUUUUUUUUUAUGUUAAUUUAAAAAUUUAUAUUGAUCAUUUAAAAAAGUGUCUCGCGAACAAUGAAAAAACAACGACUUAAAGCCUCUAAUAAUUACUCUCUACUCGACGAAUAUUGAACAAACCGCUCGACAAAAUGGAAAUUAAAUUGGUGAUGGUGCUCGUGAUGUACUUCGCGAAUUUUGGAAAAGCGGAUGAAAAUGAAUCAAGAUUGAUGCGAUUUUUAAUGGCUGAUUACGAUCCCGCGGUUCGCCCUGCAGAAAACUCCUCUUUACCUCUUACAGUACUCUUUGGAGUAUCUUUACAUCACAUCAUCGACGUGGAUGAAAAAAAUCAAAUUUUAACUACAAAUUGUUGGAUAACCCAAAUUUGGUUUGACCAUCAUUUAAAAUGGAACGUCUCUGAUUUCGCUGGUAUAAAAGUAAUUAGGAUUCCUUAUCACCGAGUUUGGAAACCAGAUAUUAUUCUUUACAACAAUGCAGAUCCUCAAUAUCAAUCAUCAGUAAUAAAUACAAACGUUAUCGUUUCAAAUAACGGCGAAGUUGUUUGGUUGAGCCACGGGAUUUAUAGAUCCUCGUGUGAUAUUAACGUGGAAUAUUUUCCGUUCGAUCUGCAAAGCUGUCCGAUGAAGUGGGCGUCGUGGACUUAUGACGGUUAUCAGGUGGAAUUAGUUAAACAAACUGAAGAAGGCGACGUCAGCAAUUAUCAAGCUAACGGAGAAUUUGAUUUAGUGAAUUUUUACGCAGUUCGUCACAUUGAGUAUUAUUCUUGUUGCCCGGAGCCUUAUCCGGACAUAACGUAUACGAUAAAAUUACGUAGAAGACCCAUGUUUUACGUUUUUAAUUUAAUUUUACCUUGUAUACUUAUAAAUUGUAUUGCUCUUUUGGUCUUUUACGUGCCUUCGGAAUCAGGUGAAAAAGUAACUUUAGGUAUCAGCGCAUUAUUAUCAAUGACAGUCUUCCUGAUGACCAUAAGAGAAACUUUACCGCCAACCGAAAAAACACCAUUAAUAAGUCUUUAUUAUGGAACAAGUAUUUGCUUGGUAACUUUUGCAUCUGGGCUCUCAGUGGUAACAUUAAAUAUUUAUCACAGAGGUGUGAGAGGAACACCGGUUCCGAAUAUAGUUAGAACUGUCGUGUUAGACAGAAUGGGAAAGCUGAUAUUCAUGAACUUUGACAAUUCAACAGCUGCGCACCGUGGUGCUAAAGUACAGGAAAUAAAUCCUCAAACAGGAACUCGAUUGGAUACUCCAUGGCCUUGGACAGAUAAGCACGCCCAAGAAGAUGGGUAUUUUCUUCAACCUAGGCAACAAAGAUCACCACGAUUCUUACCAAGACACAAACCAGAAAAUCCUGAUGGUUUUGAAACCCAAAUUAUCCGGAUGUUAAACAAAGUCCAUACGAGUAUCGAUCGAAACGAUCAACGUUUAGCCGAUCAAGAAAGAAGAGAACUCACGGAACUCGAAUGGAAACAAACUUCGAUUAUUUUAGAUAGAAUUUUUUUAGUCAUCUUCAUUCUAAUUACGGUUGUGUCAACGACAACGAUUUUGUGCAGAAGUCCGGGAACUGAAGAUUCUUAGUGUUAAAAUCGAUUAGAAAUUAAAAAAACUGAAUGUGUUCGUUUUUUCCUCAAUGUUUCUUGUAAAUACUCAAACAUUAUUAUUAUUAUACAAGAUGAUUCAGUUGAGAUAAUUAAAAAAUUCAAUCAUUAUUGAGAGUUCUGUUUAAACAAUUUCUUGCUUAUUUUUCUUAUUAAUACCAUUUAUAUCGAUCACGGUCCAGUUUUUGGUUUAUUCAACGUUACACCAUUUCCUGUCCCAUCCAUUUCAAAAAAGUUAUCCUGAUCACUAUUCCUUUGGCGUGUAUAAAGUGUUCAUGAAACGCUUCUUAGAUCAGAAAUUCAAAAUUAGAAGUAAUUAUACAAAAACUUUUCUAAUUCGGCUUCAAACAAGGUCACUCAACAAGUCAUCAACUCCAGAGAUUGGUUGACCGAAUGUAUACGAAAUGUGACACAAGCUUUUGAUCAAAUUUGGCUGAUUGGGUUAAAAUACAAAAUUCUCAAGCAAAAUGUUUUUCAAUAUCACAUGAACCUUUUCUAUCGAAAUCCACAACUGAAUCUCCUCUAAAUCAUCUAUUCGAGCAGGAAGUGUCUUAUUUCCAAUUAUUUUUAAUACACAUAUGCACGAUAUCAUCCAAAUUAUUGAUGAUCACCUAGCAAUGUUCGCUGAUGACAGAGUCCUAUUCACCAAAGACUAUGAUCUUACUUCAACAAUAAGAAAAUUACAAAUAAACGCGCAAAAGAUAAAUAAAUGGCUAAAUCUAUAGAACUUAGAAAUAAAUCAAGAAAAAAGUGCUGCAAAAAUGUUUACACUAAAAAGAAUAAGAAACCGUCAACAGUUAGUCAUUAAUGACCAACAGAUUGAAUGGAAAACUAAUGAAAAUACAAUAAAGUGUCUGGAAGUUUAUUUAAAAACAAGACUAACAUGGAAAUAUCAUAUCAAUGUUUAUUCCAAGACUUAUAUUUAACUUGAAGGAUAUUAGGUACAUUAACUUUCUUUGUUCUUACUGGUAGGAGAUGAAUGUGACUCCUUCCUUAUGUUAUUCGAUGUAAAUAGUGUAACUGCUUAAGGUAACGAUGUAUUUAGAUACAGAAAGAGCAUCAUGGCAUAGUGCUUCUUUCGUCCCAGACAUUUUGCACUAAGAAAAACAAUGUGGUUUAACGUAAUAUUUAUGGCCAAGUAUUUGCAUGGCAUGUAUAUCACCUCUUUUGCCCUUUUUGCAAACCUUCAUGGUAGACGCUGAUAUCUGCAAAGUUGUGAAUGCCAAAGACCAUAACUGUUGGCAUCUAUAAGUUGAAUUAACCUUUUGGCUUUUAGUUUCUGAACUCUUCUAAUAUAAAAACUGUACAAUUGUGUAUUUAUUAUCACAUGACUAUUUCAAAGUUUCACAGACUAGAUUUGAGCAACCUAAGUCAUUAUUUUGACAAACUUCAACUUCCUUAUAUCAAGCUUUUUUGGGCGGAUUUUACACCUAUAAUGGGUAGCAUGCUCAUAACUCGGUGUGAUAUUUAUAAACUCUUCCUCAGAAUCGAAAUAUCCCACAGCUGCAAUCUUGUUCUAUUUACAUUAAACAUUUAGAUAUGAUUUCUAAUAAAUCAGUGUGGUUAAUAGCAGGAAAAUACCAUUUGAUAAUUAACUGGUGAUCAUUCUCCAUCAGUUCUUGCACAACCUGCAACUAGUAUGCAUGAAAUUUUAAAUCAAAAUGGAAAAUUCUCAUUAUAACUAGUAGUUUCUAACUUAUUUCCUUACAAACCGAAUAUCGCGGUCUCUGUACGGUUCCAUAAGGUUUCCAGAAUUGUUCUUCUCCUUGGCAUAUCUAUGAAUUACUUGCAUAAUGAUAGCUUAGUUUUUAUUUGACUUGUACGCGCUAAAUAUCCAUUGGAUUGGUUUUACCCAUAACUUGUUUUACUUUUAGUCCAUUUGGGAGUUUGUUAUGAAGCCCGCCAUUUCUUUGAUAUUGACUUAUCACAUAGUCUCGAGAAUAUCUCUAUCGUGCACAUCUUUCGAAAUGUUUGCAUGUCAUAAUUGGGUGGUAUAAUAACAAUGUCUACAACAUUGUGAAUAUUAAUUUCAUGUAAAACAACUAUCAAUAAUGUAUAUAGUUUGUCUUAAACACAGAGGU